UGCACUUUUAAGUUUUUGCAUUUCCUAAGCAAGCCAGCCGAAGCAGCCCUGGCCUCUUGCCCAAAGGAAAACCUUGCGGGGAGGGGGUGGGGGGCUGAGGCUGUGAAAAGAGCAGGAGGGAUGUCCCCUGCGAGAGAUGAGGCCUGCCUGCCUUUCCCCCCACCGCCUCUUCCAUCUCUUCCAGAUUCGUACAUGACCUUCCCUGGGAAAUCCUUCGUGGGUGCUAAGGUGGCGGAUCUGAGCUUCCGUUCACUGCAGACCGCCAAGCAGCAGUGCAGCGUGUUGGGCGAGGGCUGUGACGUCGUGGUCAGCACCGCGGCAGGCCACCACCUUAUGGUGGGCAGACGCUUUGUCACCCCGGAGGGUCCUGGAGCAGUGGCAACCGUGCACGUCAAAACGAGGUGCUCUCCUGGCUACUCUGGGCAGGACUGCCAAUUGAUGUGUCCUCAAUGCCACCCCAGCUUGAGCUGCAACCCACUGACGGGCCUCUGCGACGGCUUCCUCUAUUAUCGAGAGGCUCCCGCCCUCGUUGCCUCACUGAAGUGCCUCCCGCUGGAGGUCUGGAUAUUUGAGCAAGGAAGCUGCUGGUCUCGCGAGCGUUACAGGAGUCAGGCAGAAGCCAAGGCCGUGUGCCAGAGGUACCUGGGCAGCACGGUGAGGAAGGUGCCACCCCUGAGCAAGGUCCCAGAUGGCCUCUCUGUGGAUGGGAGAGGAGGCUUCCAGCAGCCGGGGGUCUCACUCUGGGCUUGCCAGCGAGGUGAAGAUGUGAAGCUGCCUUCGUUCAGGGAGAAGCUGCUCGUCUCCCUCCAGGAGGCUGCUCCCGAGCAGAGGCAUGCCUCCUGGCAGGAAGCGGAAGACGCCUGCUACCUGCAGAAGGAACGCUGCACGGGGCUCCUGAGCCUGAAAGGAGCUCAUUAUACAGUGGCCGGGACGGUGCUGGUGGACAGCCCGGGCUCAGGGGCUCUGCUGUCCUUGAAGGCAGCUUGCUCCCCUGGGUUCUGGGGAAAGCUCUGCCAGAGGCACUCGUCCCCUUGCCUGAGCACGCACACCCACAACCCUCUGACCGGCCGGUGUGAUGGCCGCCUGCGCUGUGUGCAUCGCUUCAGCCCUUCCUGCCUGCAUGGUCUGGUGCAUUCCAGAUGUCCCAGGGGCCCCGGCUGGUGGUUCUGGGGCGGACACUGCUACUACCUGGAGGAGCAGGGCAGCAAGAGCUGGCAGGAGGCCAAGGCUGCCUGCCAGGCCUAUGGCGAAAACGUGACCCUCCUGGUCCUCAGCAGCACCAAGGAAAAGGCCAGACCUUUGGGGUGUCUCUUUAACAGGCGGGGGGGGAAGAGGGCGAUGGGCAGGCAAGGCAAAACUCCCCUUGUGCCUAGCGGUGCUGAGCAUCCUCACUCCAAGUGGCCUCCUCCUCCUUACACAGUUGUUGUUAAUGCACCAAGAGAUUUCAGCCCAAGUAAGCAGGGGAGGCAUCAAGGCAAGCCGGGCAGGUUGCUUUUAACAAGAGGACAGUUGGCUGCCUUGACCCUUCGGAGCCAAGCUCAGGCCUGCUUUUCCUCCCCCUGGCGCACAGCCCCUGGUGCAGGCCGCCUGAGCUGCCGGCCUUCCCGUGGGGGCCCUGAGGGAAGAGCGUAGGUCCCUUCCUUGGCAAGACCGGCCUUCUUUCCCCGGGACGGCCGAAGGGUGGAGAGUGAGGGGUCCCUUGUCCCUCACAGGCCUGGGUGGCAGCCAUGGUGAAGAGGGGCAGCUGGACAGGGCUGAGCGAUGCCGACGGAGACGGCGUGUGGAGAUGGGAAGGAGGCCGAGUGGAUAGCCUCUCUCCGCCUUGGCUCCCUGACGUGCCUCUUGGGAGCGGAGGCUGCUUGGAGAUCCGUCCCGGGGGAGACCCAGAUUUGGCCACCUCCCCGUGCUCCCACCUCAGGCCCUGGGUGUGUGAGGGGCUCUGGGCACCCCCGAGUUCCUGUCCAGUGGAGCCCGGAUGGAGCUACUGGAAUGGCAGCUGCUACCUCUGGGACCCUUUCUCCACUGGGGCCUGGCCAGAGGCCCAGGAGGCCUGCCGGAGGUUCCGAAGGACAGAGCUGCUGUACCUGGCCUCGCUUCCGGAGAUGGACUGGGUGCGUUCCCACUUCCCAGGCACUUUCUGGACAGGCUUGAAUGACCGGAAGGAGGAGUCGGUCUUUCGCUGGUCAGCCCUGGAGCCCCUCAGCAAGCAAGUGGCUCAGCACUUGCGAGACGAUGUGGCCAACGGGGGGCGGAAGGACUGUGUGUGGUUCAACUCGGCAACUGGACUUCUGGGUGAUGCCAGCUGUGGAGAAGCCAGGCCUUUCCUGUGCAAGUGCCCUGAAGCCACAGAGUGGUUUGACCGGUGGACGGGCUACGGUGUGGCGGGAGAGCCAUCCCUGCUCUACCCCUUGGCAGAAACCCUGGAGGGGGCCAAGCGGGAGUGCCUGCUGGAACGCCCCGCGUGCGUGGCCGUCCUAGAGACGAGGACCGGCUUCUACCUGCUCAGCAGCAAGAACGAGGCCGGCCCCAAAGCAGACUCAGUGCUUCACGUGUGGACCAUUUGCGCGGAAGGGUUUAGCGGCCUGGCCUGCCGCAAGACCUCAGCAAGCGCGGCUCGCCCAGCCUGCGACUGCAGUGGCACGUUGGAGACCACAGCGGAGAAAGUUUGUGGCGUCCCCGUACAGACCUGUGUGGAAGAUUGCCAGCAAAGGACUCCUGGGACCAACUGCUCCUUCUGCAUCCCUCUCUGCACUGAGGCGAGCCUGAGCUUCCUGGGCCCCGAAGAGUUUGCUCUCGUCACCAUGGUCCAGUUCCAGGCGUCCCAUUCCCUCAAUCUCACGGCAGAGGACGAAAGGGACCGGAGGGUCUCCUCCAAGGUCAUAUAUGACGACACCAAGAUCCCCUGAGGGAAAAGGGGAGAAG